AUGGAUCGCAGUCUCAAAAUCCUGCAGCAUAACCUGAAUGGCCUUCGGGCCAGGCUCACUGAACUGAUUAAAUUUCUAAGUACCGCAAGGUACGACGUUCUCUGCUUCCAAGAAACCAAGCUCUAUCCUGGAGUUAAAGAUACAAUAUUGCCCGGAUAUCGUUUAUCUCGACUGGAUAGGCCUGGUGCCCAUAGCAAAUGUUUCGGUGGAGGACUCGCAAUCUAUGUCAGGACUGAACUAUCAUAUCAAACACUAGUCCUGCACAGUACGGAGUUCGAAGUCAACGGAGUGUCCCUCUCGCUUGCCGAUGGAAGCAAAAUUGCAAUAGUCAAUGUUUAUCUGCCGCCUGGUAAGAAUGUCAUUGAACCAAGCUCGUAUCGAAACCUAUGCGAACAGAUUUCAAACCGGAACGUCCUGUUCUGUGGUGAUUUCAAUUCUAAACACAACGCAUGGGGAUCGUACAAGCAAGACGAGCGAGGAGAGGGAUUACUCCAUUUCAUUGAGGACAACGACAUGUGCAUACUUAACGAUGGGAGGCCUACUUUGAUUCAUAACUCUUCUGGGGUGAUGUCUCAUCUAGACCUUACUAUCGCAACAUCUAAUAUAGCUUCAAACUGUGAGUGGCAGGUCAGUUCGACUGAAACGCUGGGAAGUGAUCAUCUAUUAAUAGAUAUCACUUACAGGGGUCAAAUAAAGAGGGAAGGUACCGUUGGAAAACCAAAAUGGCGAAUCGCAAAGGCAGAUUGGAUUAAAUUUACUGAAAACUGCUCGCAGUGGGACGUACAGGAUAUACAGGACGCCGAUGUUGAUGUCUACGCCAACAAUGUCACCAUCGUCCUCAUGGAGGCAGUCAAGGACGCUAUCCCUAGGACCUCUGGUAAAAACAGGGCUUGUCCUAAGCCCUGGUGGUCGGACGCCUGCCAAAAUGCAGUAAAGCUUAGAAAGAAAGCACUACGUCGUGUUCAACGCAACCUCAACACCGAAACAAAACGGACAUACUUGGAAGCCACAGAGAACGCCAGGAAAGUCAUCAGUGAGGCUCGCACCAGUCACUGGCAUGACUUCUGUCAAACGCUAAACCAGCAUACCCAGAUCAGGGAUGUCUGGGCCAAAAUCAAAUCGAUGAAUGGCACUAAAUCUACCCGCGAAAUCCCCGUAGAAACCUAUGGUGAUAGAGUAGGAGAGAGCGAUAGACAGAAGGCAGACCUUAUGGCUGAGAGCUUUGCUGACGCGAGUGUGGCGAUCAUUGGGGACUUAGUUCUCUAUAGAUCGCCAAGAAGAAACACAGAAGAAGAACGCAGUAUUAAGACUACAGAAGAAGAUCAAGAAGAAACCAUGGGAGCAACCCGUUCCCUACUCAACGUCUGCGAUAUGGAAUUUCUCCGAAGCGGACACCAUCCACCAACAAGAAGAACAAGGUAUUGA